CCGCCAUCAAACCAGGCAAGAAGAAGACUGUCAUUGCAGUGCACUGUACGCCAUAGCUAAUGUCAGGAGACACAUCUAAACUAAAAAACACCCUGAAAUCCCCGUCAUGAUCUUCAAAGAUGUUGCAAUGUGGCAAAAACGUCUAUCCAUGGUUUAUGCUCUGGGUGUGUGGACCAUGAUCACCUCAUACGGAUAUUAUCGUUACUCAGGACGUUUGGGCGACACAAGUCAGAUAGAAGAGGAGAGUCCCUACGAAGCAAAUUCGAAAAAUGUUUUCCACCAGAGUCCUCACACCAAGACCGUUAUCAUUUACAAGAACGACUUUGUUCCUUACACUACAAGGAUCUAUGAUUUCGUCCAGUCAUUCAUCGGUGGUCCUGGGAGUGGAGACAGUUAAAAAAAAAAAAAAGAUGGACAAAGUGGACUUGUGUGGAAGAAAUGGUAGCGGGGACAGAAGCCCAGACUUUCCUCUCCACAGCCACUUCGUCCAGCUCUUCCCGGGAGAUCCUGUCUGCUAAAUUGCAAUCAAGAAAUAUGCUGUAAUGUUUUCUAUCCACACUUACAGAAGUAAGUAAAAUCAUGACAAAUAAAUGACUUACAAUACAAA